AUGCAUGUUCAUCGCGAUCGUCGCGCGCAGCACGUCCUGCCGCUGUGGCACGCCCGCCGGCUGGUGGCCACCCGGCGUGCUGCUGGGACCAACGGCGUCAUCCUCGACCGUCAUGAGGAGCUGGGUAGCUUCUCCAAAAUGGACUACCGCAAGUUGCACUCGACGAUUGAUCGGGCUGUCGAUCCGCGCAACGCCCGCCAUGUCGAACCUUGCCGUGACGGGCUCAACGAGCUCCAGCUGCUCCGCUUCCGCCUUCGGAUGGAGCAGACAAUCGACACGAUGCGGCUGUAUGGCGCUGGGCCGCGCGAUCAACCGCGGUUGAGCUAUCGCUCCAGCUCCGCCCAAGUCACGCGCCCUUCGUCACUCCGCCGCGAGGAGGCGAAGGCCGCCAAGGAGCUUGCUGCCGAGGCUGAUGCUUUGUGGGAGGAUGAGCCACUGCGUGGCGAGGAGCUUGCGUUUUGGGACCAUACGCUGCUGCGGUAUGACGCCAUCAACGCUGUACUGCGGUGGAUGCGGCGGCGCGAGGCCGAUCCAGACGCCGCAUUUGUCCCGCACAUUCCCGGCCAGCCGCGGGUGGCACCGGUGGCGAUCUCGCCCAUGGCAGUCUGCCUCGCCGCAUCGUCGGCGACGUCGUUCUUGCGUAAGAUCAUGCAUCGACUCUUGCUGGUGGCCCCAGAGUCGGGUGAGGUCUCGAAGCGUGUUGUCGCGCGUGCCCUGCAUGCCUUUGACAUCGAGCGGCUCGGCUUCUCGGCCGAGGACCAGCUGUUGCGGCCGGAUCUGGUGGAAGCCGCCCUGCUUGAGGCCCACGAGCGUGGUAACCUGUUUGGCCCGAUCACAUUUGACGGCCGGGAGUAUGCUGCUGUCACCUCAUCUCUGCCCACUGAGGGCGAGAACGACGAUGACGAGCAGGUGAGGCAGGUGGCGGUGUCGCCACCGCCUCUGAGCAGCAACGAGCUUGCCAGCCUGUUUGGCGAUCUUGAAGGGCUCGAUGACACUGCCGGCAUCGCCGAGCUCGCUACCAGUAUGUCAAACGUGGACGAGGACGAAGACGAGGAUGAGGACGAGGACGAGGAGACAGCGGCGAGCUUUGACGACGACAGCGACUCGGUUGGGAGGCUCAUGGCUGGAGUUCUCUCGAGGCCGCGGGCCCGAGGAAACGUGGCAAUGCCACCGCCGCCCGAUCCGGCAGAGAUUGCGGUCAAGGUGGCGCAGGCGGCGCGGCAUGUCAUGCCAGCUGGUUCGAGCGUAGCACCGAUGGAGGAGGAGGAAGAGGAUGAAUAG